AUGGCAUCGUCUGGUACAGUACCUGAAGUUUUGCCAUCGCAGAUUUUAAGUGUUAGUCCAAGUUUACCAACAAAUAAAUUACUUGAUAAUUUAACAAAAAAUCAACGACUUUUACAAUUAUUACCACAAAACUAUGAAAAAAGACAUUAUUUUUCUGGAUUCUAUAAAACACUAUUGGACGAUUUUUUUUAUUCACAUGAACGUGCCGAUGUUCAAUUAUAUGUUGCUAUUUGUCUCGCAGAUCUUAUUCGUAUUUGGGCACCAAAUUUGCCUGAUGCACCACCUGAAAAACUACUAAAUAUGUUUCUUUUUCUUGCUCGUCAAUUACUUGGAUUGAAAAAAAUUGAUGAUCCACUCUUCAGUCGACGUUAUUAUUUACUAGAAAAUUUAAGCAUGGUACAAUCAUUUAUACCGGCUGUUAAUCUCGAAGAUAAUCGUGGCUGUCAAAUCAGUACUGUUGUAUUCAAUAAUUUAUUCAAUGCUUUACAAAAAAAGCAUACGGAUCAAUUAAAAAACUUAAUGAUUGAUAUUGUGACGGUUAUUUUGGCUGAAUAUGAAUCAAUACCAUUUUCAUUAUUAGAAUUACUUUUUGCGAGAAUUAUCGAUCCGGAAAAGAAAUUGCGUGAAGAAUGUUAUGAACUAGUAGAAUCAAUCAUUCGUCGUGGUGAAUCGUGUCUAAAACCAGCAAUCGCUGAAUAUUUCAAAACUGUCUUAAUAACAGAAGAUACAGAAUCAUUACAAUUACAUAGUAAAAUUUAUUAUGUAUUCGAUGAAUUAUGUCAUAUAUCUGAGUCGAUUGUUGACGAACUUAUUCCCACGAUUGAACAUCGAUUAACAGUAUCGAAUGAAAAACAUCGUCGUGAUGCAGCUAAAAUAGUUGCUUAUGUAACAAGUGCACCAAAUAAUGAUUUUGCACAACGACAUAAAACUUUGUGGAAUACAUUCCUUGACCAAUUUAAAAAUGGUACAUCUGAAAUUCAAUCAACUUGUAUCAAACAUCUUAAAAGUUACUUUGUUAAUCAUCCAGAAUUACGAGCUGAUCUUGAAGAUGUCAUGGUUCGAUUAAGUCUUUCAACAGAUCAAAAUAUACGAUCACAACUUAUGGCACAAAUACGUGCCAUAACAAACUCGAGUCUAUUGGAUAUCAGUGACAAAAUUAAACAAAUUUUAUGUGAACGUGCACGCGAUAAAAUUUGGGAAGUUCGUAAAGAAGCACUUGACUAUCUCGGACAUGUGUAUAAGAAAGAAUGUGCUAAUGACAAUUGGUCCAAUGAUGUACAAAAACAAUUAACAUGGGUUGCCAAUUGUAUUAUUCAUUUAUAUUAUCAAAAAACUACGCAAGACAAGUUAUUAGCAGAACGAAUUUUAACAUUCUAUCUAAUGCCGUGGGAUGUGAAUACAGACGAUAAAGUACGAGUUUUAUUGACGUUGUACUCAAAUGUAGAUGAUAAUGCUCAACGUGCAAUUCGAGAAAUCAUUCAAAGCAAAUUCUUAUUUCGUCGGCAAUUAGUAAAAUUAAUUGAUUUUUGCUUGCAAAUGGCUGAUUCAAAUAUAUCGAAUGAUGACAAACAAUUAAUCGAAUUGAAACUUGUUAGUCACAUUCAUAUUAUUGCCUUACGUUGUUUACCAAAUCCAGAUAAAAAUGAAUCUGUUCUUAAAGCACUAGCUGUCUAUGCAAUUAAAAAUCAUAAACAAUCAUUAACGAUUAAUAAAGAAUCAAGUAUAUUGUCAAUAUUCAAACAAGCCAUGUCUGAUGGAAUUAAAUCAAAAGAAGUUUAUGCUUUAGCUAAUGGCAUCGGACAAAUGCUAUUAGAAGAAGCAGCUAAAGAACAAAAACGUUUUCCAGCCAAUACAACGGACGAUCAGACAAUUACAGCAACAAUAGUAGAAAAUAAUGGUCAUGGGCAAUACACCAAAAUGUGUGGAUUAAUAAAAACGAUGUUUGAAAAAAUCUCAACACUUCUAUUUGAUCAAGAAACAGUUAGCAAAUUACUGAAAUUAAUAUUUGAAAGAGUUUCGAAUGAACCUGAACAACCAGCAUCCUAUUAUGAAAAUAUCAAUCAAUUGUUAAAAGUAUUUAUUCAACAUCCAUUUAUCUUCGAUUGUCCGGAAUCUCUUGAAUUACUAUGUAAUUUAUUGAAACAACGUGUACUUGAAUUAGCACCCAUACUUAUUCGUACUAUUGAAGUAUGUGCACCAUCAAUUAUAAAAUUAAAUCAAACCAAUAUGAUGACUCUUCUGAAUUCUGAACUGUCAACUUAUUUAACUCUCCAUCCUCCUAUUGCAAAACGUGCACUUUAUUGUUUAUGCGCGCUAAACCCAAAUACCAGAGAUGAACUUCUUCAAAAACUUAUUGAUGAUACACAAUAUGAUCAAUUUGAUAGUGAUCAAUUUAUAACACGUCUUGUUCUAGUUGGUCAUAUGAUUGAAAUUUCUCCAAUUAGUAUUGGUGAUAUGGGAAAACGAAUACUUUCGAAUAUAUCAAAGCAUAUUGUUGAUAAACAGAAAACAAAUGACGAUGAAGAUAAUAUGACAACAUCAUUUUUUCAUGGAAAUUUUACAUUAUUACCCGAUGAACCCCAUUGUGAUCCUGAAAUUGGUGCUGACGCUCGUGUCAAACGUGAGCUAGUGAAAGCAAUGACAAGAGCUGUAUUAGGUUUACAGGAAAAUUCAACGGGCUUAUUUAAUACUGUAUAUAAACUAAUGAAAAAAUGUAUGGCAAAUGAUCAAGAUUUUACAGGUGAAAUGAGUGAAAGUGAAAUCAUCUUUAUUCGUCUCUGUGGUUUAUCAUGUUUAUUAAAAUUAAUAUGCAAUUCAUAUUUUUAUUCACGCAUGAAGCCCGAUGAUUUUCUUAUUAUAAUAAGUCUCCUUCGUGACUCAUCAUCAAUUGUUCGGCAACGCACAUAUCGAAAACUAGCUGAACAUUUACGUGAUCCUACAUGUCCAAUUGAGUUACUUGCGUUAUUAGCAUUUGCAGCUAAAGAACCUGAACGUGAACAUCGUGAACAAAUUCGUCGUUUAAUGUUACAAAUAAUUGAUACGCGCCGUGAACAUAUUAAACUUCAAUUAUCAUAUAAAACAGCUCAUACAACAGCAAAUAAUCAUCCUCAGCAUACAAAUGGUUUCAAUCACAACCAUGAAGAUGAUGAUGAUAAUAAUAAUAAUGAUAAUAAUAAUAACGAUAAACCAAUUGAUUAUAAAUUAUAUCCUGAAUAUUCUUUAACAUAUUUUCUAUUUUUUCUAUCGAAAUCGCCAGCAUUCAUUUUAUACGAUGAUAUUGAAAUGUUACAUACAAUGACUGAUUAUAUAUUAUUUUUAUUUGAUGCUCUAUUAUUACGUUGUGAUACAACAGUCGGUCUGUUUUAUAAAGGUUUAUUACGUUCGAUAAAAUCAUCUGAAGAUGCAACAAUUGUAUUGGAGAAAGAAGAAAAAAUUGAAAGAAAAGAUGCGAUUAAAAAACUGCACGUUCUUGUUGAUUUAGCGUAUGUGAUUUUAUCACAACGUGCAUCAUCAUUAAUGAUAUGUCGAGCGAGUUCAAAUGUUCCAUUGCCAGAAAUGUAUUUCAAAAAGACACGUUACAAUCAUUUGUCUUAUCUACCAAAAGAUUUCAAAAUUAAACUCAAACCUAUAACAACAACAACAGUUAGUGAUACAUUAGCAAGUAAACGAACAAUAAUCAAUAGUUUAGAAGCAAAUAAUAGCAGUAACAAUAAUAAUAAUACUACUAUAACGACAACCUCAAAUACGACAAUAGUAUCGCCACCGAAAAUAACACGAAGAAAACGAACGAGUGGAGGAGACGACAAUGAAAACGAUGAUAAAGAACAAAAUUUGCCAAAUAAACGGCGGAAAACUUCGGCGAAUGCAAAACAGCAAAAGAGAAAAACAAGUCGUUCUAUUUCAGAAAAUGAAGAUAAUAAUUCAACUGCAUCAUUGAUCAAUGGUAAAAAAUUACGAAAAAACAUAACGAAUGGUUCAACUCGAUCUCGCAUAAAUUUUCCAUAUGAAAAACCUCAAUUACGUUCAGCAUCAGCAUCAUCGAUUUCAUCAUCUCCAUCACCACCGGCACGAAAAACACGGGGCAGACCACCAUCAAAAUUAGCAGCGAAAAAUUAA